AUGGAAAAGCAAGCCAUAGAGGAGAGGAAGCGGUUGAAGCAGGCUGGGGUAAUUGGUAGCACAAUGGAUGCUGUUGGCGGUGCCGCAUCACUAGUUGGUUCCGGUGUUGGACUUGUGGGCACUGGCAUUGGUGCUGGCGUUGGCCUCGUUGGUUCUGGUAUUGGUGCUGUCGGCAGUGGCCUCGGUAAAGCCGGGAAGUUCAUGGGCAGGACGGUGACAGGGCCUUUCAGCAUGUCCCGCAAGAACGGCAGCAGCUCUACUGCUCCCCAGCCUGAUCAACCUUCGGCAUAG